AUUUGUAAGGUUUAUAUAAAGAGGAAAGAAAGUGAUAGAAAAGAAUUAAGAAAUACAAUUGAGAAGGUGAAUUAUUUUCACUAUGCUCUAAUGUAUAUGUAUAAUUAUUUACUUAAACAUAAACAUUUUAACUACACAAAUGUUGAGGAAGGAAAUAAAAAGUCCAUUCUAAAACACUUGAAAGAAAAAAGAAGACAAACAAAUUUAAUAAAAACAAAAGGAGAACAAGAAAAAGUUUUAAAUAUCCCAAAGGAGUUCUCAGAUUUAAUUAUACCUACGAAAAAAGCUAAUAUGAAAAGAAAACAGAAAAAUGUUUUUGAAAAAAUCCAAAAAUAUAGGAAAAAAUCGGAUAUAUCUGAGAAUGAGGAGAAAUUCAUUUGGGUAGAGGAAGAAGAUGAUGGCGACAAAGAAACAGACAGAAAUUGCAUUAAAAUUGAGGAUCCAUCAUAUAAUAUAAAUAACAAUGUUUUAAAUAAUAAUAGUGAAUGUCAUAAUCUUAUAGAAAUAAAUAAUUCCGUAGAUGAACUUCCUGCAUUUCGGUUUCUAUAUGUAAUGAAAAAGGAAGAUAACAAUAU